AUGGCGCUGCUUCAAUCCACGCUCAUUUGGAUUGUAUACGCCGUUGCAAUCGUUAUUCUCAUCACUGUAGCUUCCACCUUUGUUUAUAUCUACCAGACCCCACGAGAUCGCUCGGCUUCAGUAACGACUGUUUGCAUAUUUACUCUAACUGCCUUGUUGGCGACCGUCUUAUUAUUACCUGUUGAUGUUGCGCUGGUCUCGUCCACAACCUCGUCAAAAUAUGGGAGGAGAAAAGAUUGGGCAUCCCAGAACGAGGUUGAUAAAAUUAUAUAUUCGCUGACUGUGGUCUACUAUUUCCUUUACUCGCUGGAUGCCGUCCUUUGCCUUUUAGUAGUACCCUUUACAUACUUCUGGUAUGAGGAGUAUGAUGAAGUGGCACACGAGGAGGGGUGGCAAAGUACUGGCAAGCAGUUCUGUGGAGCUUUGAAAUAUACAAUCGUAUUCAUAACUUUAACGAUAAUUUUGUUCCUGGUCGGCUUGUUUGUCCCUGUGGCAAAAGAUCGAAAUGGCGCCCAUUUUGAUUUAGAUUACUUCAAAAAGUUAUUGAUGGAGAAUCAUGGGGAGCGGGCUUUGACUUUUGCCCUUGGCCUUUUGAUAGUGAUAGGCAUCAUUGCCUAUGUGAUAUACUCCUCAACGGGGCUCGCUUUUUUCCCAGUAACUUUUAUCAAGUCUGCCCCAUCGAUUUCAAGCCCAGCGCUCAGUGCAAGCAUUGAAUCUCAUUUAGAGAGCAACAACGAGCGCCAGCGUCAGCUCGAGGGCCGUUGCAGUGGCAACCCGGACCAUCUUUCCUCCAAGGAUAGAAGGGAACUCGACUCCUUAAUUCGAGAAGAGCGAACGCUACGCCGCCGCAAGCGUCUAGCCGAGGCGGCUCGUGGCCAAGGGAGGAGCCAUAUUGUCAAGGCGUGGUACAAACUUGGCGCCAUUUUCCGGCCAGUAAAACUCCUAGGAGGCCUUUGCUUUUUAGCGUUCUCCAUUCUAAUCUGGAUUUCAAUGCUUCUCACUUGUAUCGACAAAGCAAAGAACUCUGUCUGUAAGGAAAAGUGCGGCUACAUUCUCGGCAAAAUUAAUAUCCCUAACCCUAUCAAUUGGUUACUCCUAAAAUCUGCAAUUGUUUUCCCCGCCGACUACGUUAUUUUCAUUAUUCUGGUGCUAUACUUGUUUACCAGCUCCAUCGUCGGGAUUGCCACAGUUGGCAUUCGGUUUCUAUGGAUCAGAAUAUUUCAGAUCAGAAAAGGGCAUACAUCGCCUCAAGCUCUCCUCCUUGCAACAUCAAUACUGACUCUGAUCACUCUCGCCUUGAAUUAUUCAAUUUCCAUGAUCGUUGUCCCUCAAUAUGCCACAUAUGGCCCGCAAACAUUCUGUGAUUAUCCGUCCAAACAAUUUACAGCCCUUCUUGACUGCUCGAAGCACAAGGAAUACCUUAAGCCAUGUUCCGAACUCGCGGACAACCCUGCCUCUAGAUCUGUUUGCACCCCAAGCGUUGCCAGCACGUUUCUUAACCGUAUUACCUUGAAUUUCCCUUUCUUUGGCAUUAUCGAUUUCUGGUCACAAUUCUUCUUUCUAGGCUUAUCUCUCAUUAUCUUCGUCACGGUACUGAUCCGUGCCCCGAGACUUGAUGAGCAGCAGAUGGAUGAAGAUGCUGAGGAGGCUGAAGAAGAGGGGCUCCUUGCUGCCACAGGUAGGAGAUUUGGUGCUACUUGGCAAGACAUCACAGGCCGGAUACAUGAUCAGCCAGGAAGAUAUGGAUCUGGCUCUGCGGGACGUCGUACUCGAGAUGAUGAAUGA